ACCACCAUGCUAUCUUGGUUGUUCACUGUGUAGUUGAGUGCCAAAACUGUACAAGCAAGGAUAUAUACUGUGUAUGUUGGACUUACGGAUAGUUCGUAGUCUGUAGUUAUCUUCUGUAAUCUGUGCAUACGGUUGUGAUAUCAUUAUUUUUACUUGUGUUAUUUUAGAAGAGUAUUUAUACAACAAAUACGUCACAGAACUACACCUACCCUCACGUGCGGAGUAUUUAUACUAUCUACUAGUUUUAUUUUGUCAUCUUCGCUUUCGUCGUCUUUAUAUUCUACACAAUGGCCACUACUAUACAGCAGAAGGACACAACUUACACAAAAAUCUUUGUGGGUGGACUCCCCUACCAUACGACAGACACCUCUCUCAGGGAAUUCUUUGAUAAGUUCGGUGAUAUCGAGGAGGCUGUUGUGAUCACGGAUCGGCAAACCGGCAAAAGUCGUGGCUAUGGAUUCGUAACAAUGGCCAACAGAGAGGCCGCCGACAGGGCGUGCAAGGAUCCUAACCCCAUCAUUGACGGGAGGAAAGCGAACGUAAAUCUCGCUUACCUGGGCGCGAAACCACGUGGCAUCCAAACAGGAAUUCCACUGGCCAUCAAGGGACUACCAGGGAUACUGCCGAGCCAGUACGGGCUACCACAGUACGUAUACCCUUCAACAGCUUACCUCUCAGCUGCAGCAGCGACAUCGCCGAGCCUCCUAGCCUCGAUGCAGCACAGCAGUUUGAGCCCCACAGCGGCCACUACGGCUACCGGACAAUUCAUUGACUAUAGUGCCUAUGCUUCACAAUUCGCCAACAGCGCGUACGAGUUUCCUUACACCACCUCGGCGAACGGAUUCGUGACACCUGCUGCGGCAUACACCUACGCCAUGCCACAGACCAUGGCCGCCGGUGGCCACGCCAUCCACUACCAGCCACAGCAGAUUCAAGAACGAAUGCAAUAAUAACGGCUGCUUCAAAGAAUUUUAGAACAAUACUAUUUAGGAAUGAGAAUGACCAAGGAAAUAUAAUCCUUCUCGGUGAUAAAUUAAGUAAGGAGAGAGAGGUUUCAUUCAAUCACUUGGAUUCAGACUAUGAACGUGUAUUUUGGACACGUCAGAAAGAUGUUACCUUGCAUUCAUUCUAUCUACAAACACUAUCGAAAUUGCCGCCGCCAUAAAUGGAACUUUUCAUUUAACAUGUGCGUGCGCAUGCCCAUUUUAACCAUUGAUCUCUAUGCAAGUAACAUACGACAGGCUGCAAAGUAAUGUCACUUAUAUAUGUAUUUAUAUGACCGGAAGCAUUGAAGUAUGCCAAUGUGAGUUAUAUAAGGUGUGCGUGGGAGUCUGUGAGAAAUGUGGGAGCGAGAGAUGUAACAGGACAGAACCCGUUACAACAUCAGUUUUGUACAUUCGUAUAUAUAUAUAUAUAUAUAAUUAUUAUCUGUAUCAUUAAUAUUAUUAUCAUUAUUGUCAAAUACUUGUUUCUAUGUUAAGCUUUAAUAAGCUCCUUUAUGUUGUCAACGUAACCAUACAGUUCAAUUAUCAUGUUUACGUAUAAUAUAUUUGUUACCAUGGCUACAACGUCCAGCUGCUCAGCCUUGCCGGUUUUCAAGGUCAUACAAAUUUUUCAUUUUAUCAAAAGAUCACAUCAAAUGUGAUUUAUUCUUGACAAAGGCAUAAAAGAGAGAAGUCUGAUGCAUAUUCAGGAGUCUUAUUGAUAUUCACAAAUUAAAAAGGAAUAAUUUAAUUGGCUGUUUGGAUAUGCACCAGUUCAAAUCUGGUAAGGGGAUACUGAUAAAGGUUUUAGUCUAAAUAUGUUAUAAACGUUUAGAAAAAAAGUAGUCAAUAUUAAUCAUUUCCUACAUUGUAGUAGUCGAAGGUAAUAAAUGACCGUAAUAAUACAUUGUAUAUAUAUUUCAUAACUCAUCCAUAAAUUGAUAAUAACUGACAUAUUUAGUAUAAAAUGUAUUCAUCCAUUUUCAUAAUGUGUAGGCAUAUGAGUAUUAAUAAAGUAUUAGAAUAGUAUAUAAGAUUACAAUAGGAUAAUCCGGCUAGUAGUUAAUCCGGCUAGUAGACAGCAGUUCAAUGCUUCAAAACGUCAGAAGAUGAUGUACUGGUGUGAUACGACUUAGAGUUAGUGAAGCUGGCUAGUAGAGAGCUGCCCAAUGUUUCAAAAUGUCGGACGGUGUUGUACUGGUCGAGGACACUGCGCAACCAUUUUCCAGCCAUUAACUUAAGAUUUUGACCGUUGUUUCUGAUUUGACAUUCGAUUUGAAGCGAGUCUUGUAAGUGCUAUAUUGAUAUUACAACAAAUUUAACAGCUGAAUUCUACCAUUGCAAUCUGUCAAAAUGAUGAAACUUUUUAACGAAAACAAUCGACACUUGAAGCAUACACAUAAUUGUAGAAAUAAAGGGCUAUAAGUCUAGUCUUCAGUUGUCCAAUGACGGACAUUUUCUUAAAUGAUAUCUAUGCAAAUCGUUUUUCACACGGAACAAACAAUUCUUUCCAGAAUUGCAGGAAAAAAAUUGAGUGCGUAAAAUAUUUUCUAGACUGACAAAUUUUAAUGAGCUACCCCCACCCCAAUUAGAUAUGUAGUGCCUUCAGUUAUCUAGCAGGAAAUAAAGUAUUUAUCUAAGGAGUCCCCACAGGAGAGGGAACAUUUAUGUAAAUCAAAAGCUUUUUAUAUUUAUUUUAUUUUAUAAUUAAGAUAACACGGAAAUGUCUCAUCAUGACGUCAUUGAAUAACAUUGAUAUAAAGCCCCAUAUUUAUUAUGUGUUAUACACACUACAGAGCGAAUGAUAAAUAGCGAAGCGUGAUUGGUUCGUUCAAAUCUCGACAUUUGUGACGUUGUAAGCUUGUGUAACGGUUAAGUGAUGUGAUAAAAGCAACACGGAGGUGAUAAGGAUGAGUGACACUUUGAAGUUUAAAUGAGAUGAUGCAGAAAUUGGUUGUACAGUUGUCACAUGAUUGUGAUAAAGUUAUAUUUUUAUUUCUAUUUAUUAAACCUUUUUGAAUUUUGAAUCUCAGUAAAGAUGAAGGAGUGUGAGUUGAGGGGGUUUCAUCGCUAGCUUAAUACAAUCAAACAUUGACUUGAACCCUGAUCAGUUCCUCGUCCGAACACACAUUCACCAUGCCGCUUGAUAAAGAGAUGUGUUCCCACCGAGAACAAAGAUACAUCAAAUACAUAUAUAUCAGCUCAUUUAUUUAUUACCAAGACCGGAAGUGACAUGUUUCUCAAACAGAUGCUAGUGAAUUGUUGGACAUUUCCUGUAGAGCUUUCCUCGUAACAUGUGUCCACUGCAUUCCACAAUGUGCCACUCUAAACAGCUCAGGGUUACAUUGACACUGUGUCGAACACAAUGACGCCACGGCAUUCAGUGUAUCAUAUCCAUAUUCAUCUUUCCAAAUUAAAAAAAAAUAAAACAUUGAAAAAAAUGAUAAAUAAUUUGCUACAAAUAACGUAACAAAUAUCAAUGUUACAAAUUUUGAUAUAUUUGAUGUUCCGAGGAAUGGUUCACGUUCAGUCUUAUGUUGAUAUUUAAUUUAGAAUAGAUUAGGAUACUUCCAAUAAAGGCACACUACUAACGUCAUGUUACGAGCAGGGCUUAGUCACAGAGGAGAAACAUCUCAUUUCCUUUCUUAAUGAAACCAUUCGACAUUUUUCGUAGCGCAAAUUUGCAUAUACGACUUCGAAUGCUAUUCGACAUUUUUCGUAGCGCUAAUUUGCAUAUAUGACUUUUGCCGAAUGCUUUAAUUUAACAUGACUCCACCAAGAUCUAUUUGUUGGUCUGUACUAUUUAUUGUCGUUACUGCUUUGAGAAGCCAUCACAUGUAUGUAAAAAAGCAGGGGCAAAAUAUUUGUUAUUUUAUUUAUUACCAAACCGUCGUUAUUGUAUAUAGCGAAUAAAUAUGCAAAUCUGAUCACGUGACUAUCUAAUUUACACUAUUGUACAAAUUUUACUUACUUGUUAAUUGAUGAACUUUAGUUUUCUUUUUGAUGAAGUACUUCUGUUAGAUUUAUCAAGCACGUAGUAAUAACAUUCAAAUCACUGUCUUUAACAGUUAAAUUUUUAUCCAUCUUUUCUCUUGUUAAUAAAUUAAAUCAAUAUAUUUAUUUGCAAUACAAUCUAAAUAUUAAAAAAGAUUGGUACACCUGUAUUAAAUUAUCUUAGUUUAGUCGCGUGAUCAGUUUUAGAAGAUGUAUCAUAUAUGUAAAUUUUGUUAAUCCAUAGAUGCAUCAUUAAAUAAGAUAUAUUGUAUGUAAAUUUAAAUUGAAUGGCUAACUUAUAAAACAGAACUAACUAAACUACGAAUCACUUGACGAUCAAAUCUCGUCAUUUAUCGUAAAGUCUCGCUUAGUUAUCGAACAUUAUUUAAGGUAUUUAGUCAAAUCAGUACUAUACUUGAGACGGGCAAAGUUCCUGUAUGUAAGCAUAAUUUACUGUUACGAUCAGACCAUUUAUUAUGUUUAAAUUUACCUAUGUUAAAAUCAUGAACAAAUAAAAAUGCAAAAUGUA